UGAGAAAAACCUAAACAACGAAAUGUCUGUAAAUGUACAAAUAAAUACUGAUGAUCGACAAUUGGAAAAUAAUAAAAUUGCUAUACUUUGGUUUGAUAUUACCCAUUAUUCGCAGACAACACAAUUCAUAUCUUGUUCAGUAGCAGUGUUUUUCUUUUAUAUCCUUUAUGGAUACAUGCAGGAAUUGAUCUUUACAUUGGAAGGAUUUUCUUCAUAAGGAUGGUUUUUAACAUUAGUACAAUUCGGUUUUUACACCAUUUUUGGGUUCCUAGAAAAUAUAGGGAGUCUUUCAAAUAGGAGAAUCCCAAUAAAAACUUAUUUACUAUUAGCCUUAUUAACAUUAGGCACAAUGGGAUUUUCAAAUGCUUCAUUAGGCUAUUUAAAUUAUCCCACGCAAGUGAUAUUUAAAUGUUGUAAAUUAAUUCCAGUAUUAAUUGGAAGUAUUUUAAUUCAAGGAAAACGUUACGGACCUUUAGAUUUUAGUGCUGCAAUUUUUAUGUCUGUUGGAUUAGCUUGGUUUAUUUUAGCUGAUUCGAAAGUGUAUCCAAAUUUUAACUCAAAUGGUGUUCUUAUGAUUUCAAUGGCUUUACUUUGUGAUGCAGUUAUUGGUAAUGUUCAAGAAAAAUCAAUGAAGAAGUUAAAAGCAUCUUCUGCAGAGGUUGUUUUUUAUUCGUAUGGGAUAGGAUUUUUGUAUAUAUUUUUUAUAAUGUGUUUAACUGGGGAAUUAAUAAAUGGGAUUCAAUUUUUUGGGAAGCAUCCAAUGGAAACUUAUGGUUAUGGAUUCAUUUUCUCAAUAACUGGUUAUUUAGGAAUUCAAGUUGUUUUGACACUUGUAAAAACUAGCGGGGCUUUAGCUGCAGUUACAGUCACAACUUGCAGAAAAGCUGUCACCAUGAUUUUAUCAUUUUUAUUCUUUAGUAGACCUUUUACAUUCCAGUAUGUAUGGUCUGGAUUACUUGUUGUACUAGGAAUUUAUAUAAAUUUAUACAGCAAGAAAAACCCAAUGUCUUUAUCGGAUAUUGACAAUAAAUUAAUGUUACUUAUAAGGUAUUUUAAGAUGAAAUUUUGUACUAAACGUUAUACAGGACAGUAUUUAGCUAAUAUUUAAUAAAAAAGACAUAAAAAUAAAA